CGCUCACCGCCGCUGUGGUAAUGUCCGCCAUGUUGGCCAUGGCGCAGGGAGCGGAUCGGGCGGGCGAGCGGCGGAUCUAGUGUGUGGAAGCGGCCGCGGGCGGCGGGGGGCUGUUUUCGGGCGGGGUGGGCGCCCAUGCUGUGGCCGGGGGCAGUGAGGAGGAGGAGGAGCGGGCCGGCCGCGCUGCACUGAGGAAGGAGGUGGAGGAGGCGGCGGGAGUCCUCCCCCCCUCCCCGCCCGCCCCGCCGCCGCCGCCCGGGCUGUUCCUGUAAGGCGGGGAGACAAUGAGUAAACUCUCCUUCCGAGCGCGGGCGCUGGACGCCGCCAAGCCGCUGCCUAUCUACCGCGGCAAGGACAUGCCUGAUCUCAACGACUGCGUCUCCAUCAACCGGGCCGUGCCCCAGAUGCCCACCGGGAUGGAGAAGGAGGAGGAAUCGGAACAUCAUUUACAGCGAGCGAUUUCAGCACAGCAAGUGUUUAGAGAAAAAAAAGAGAGCAUGGUCAUUCCUGUUCCUGAGGCAGAGAGCAACGUCAACUAUUACAGUCGCUUGUACAAAGGAGAGUUUAAACAGCCAAAACAGUUCAUUCAUAUUCAGCCUUUUAAUCUAGACAACGAGCAACCAGAUUAUGAUAUGGAUUCAGAAGAUGAGACUUUAUUAAAUAGACUUAACAGAAAGAUGGAAAUUAAGCCUUUGCAAUUUGAAAUUAUGAUUGACAGACUUGAAAAAGCCAGUUCUAAUCAGCUUGUAACACUUCAAGAAGCAAAACUGCUGCUAAACGAAGAUGAUUACCUUAUUAAAGCUGUAUAUGACUACUGGGUGAGAAAACGUAAAAACUGCAGGGGGCCAUCCCUCAUUCCUCAGAUAAAACAAGAGAAAAGAGAUGGCUCUACCAACAAUGACCCUUAUGUUGCCUUUCGGAGAAGAACAGAGAAAAUGCAAACUCGAAAGAAUCGUAAGAAUGAUGAAGCCUCUUAUGAAAAGAUGUUGAAACUGAGACGAGAAUUUAGUAGAGCCAUAACAAUUUUGGAAAUGAUUAAGAGAAGAGAGAAAACAAAACGAGAAUUAUUGCACUUAACCUUAGAAGUUGUGGAGAAAAGAUACCAUUUGGGAGACUAUGGUGGUGAAAUCCUUAAUGAAGUAAAAAUCAAUAGAUCAGAAAAAGAGUUAUAUGCCACUCCAGCAACUCUUCAUAAUGGAAAUCAUCACAAAGUUCAAGAAUGUAAAACUAAGCACCCUCAUCAUUUGUCUUUGAAAGAAGAGGCUUCUGAUGUGGUUCGUCAAAAGAAGAAGUACCCAAAGAAGCCUAAAGCAGAGGCUUUGAUAACAUCUCAGCAACCCACUCCUGAGACAUUGCCUGUGAUCAAUAAGAGUGACAUUAAGCAAUAUGACUUUCACAGCUCAGAUGAAGAUGAAUUUCCACAGGUAUUGUCCCCAGUAUCAGAACCGGAAGAAGAAAAUGAUCCUGAUGGUCCCUGUGCUUUCAGAAGGCGGGCAGGAUGCCAGUAUUAUGCUCCUCGUUUGGACCAAGCUAACCAUUCAUGUGAAAAUUCAGAAUUGGCAGAUUUGGAUAAGUUGAGAUAUAGGCAUUGCCUUACAACACUUACAGUCCCAAGAAGAUGUAUAGGAUUUGCAAGGAGGCGAAUUGGCAGAGGUGGAAGGGUCAUAAUGGACCGAAUAUCCACAGAACAUGACCCAGUCCUGAAACAGAUAGACCCUGAAAUGCUGAAUAGUUUUUCAAGCUCUUCCCAAACUAUAGACUUUUCUUCUAAUUUCUCUCGGACCAAUGCUUCCAGUAAACAUUGUGAAAAUAGACUGUCCCUUUCUGAAAUAUUAAGCAAUAUCAGAUCAUGUCGACUACAGUGUUUCCAGCCAAGGCUACUAAAUUUACAGGACAGUGAUAGUGAAGAAUGUACCUCAAGAAAACCAGGGCAGACUGUGAACAAUAAAAGAGUUUCUGCAGCAUCUGUAGCUUUAUUGAACACCAGCAAGAAUGGCAUAUCAGUAACAGGGGGUAUCACAGAAGAGCAGUUUCAGACACAUCAGCAGCAGUUAGUUCAGAUGCAAAGGCAGCAACUGGCCCAGCUUCAGCAGAAACAGCAAUCUCAGCAUUCCUCGCAACAGGCACAUCCAAAAGCACAGGGCUCAAGCACCUCUGACUGUAUGUCUAAAACACUUGACUCAGCCAGCGCCCACUUUGCUGCAUCUGCAGUGGUCAGUGCACCUGUUCCAAGUCGCAGUGAGGUAGCCAAGGAACAGAACACUGGCCACAACAACAUAAACGGUGUUGUCCAGCCUUCAGGAACCUCUAAAACAUUAUACUCCACCAAUAUGGCUUUAUCAUCCAGCCCAGGGAUUUCAGCUGUACAACUUGUAAGGACAGUUGGCCACACCACUACAAACCACUUAAUCCCAGCAUUGUGCACAAGCAGUCCUCAGACACUUCCCAUGAACAAUUCCUGCCUGACAAAUGCAGUGCACCUCAAUAAUGUCAGUGUUGUUUCUCCAGUCAAUGUGCAUAUCAAUACACGGACUUCAGCACCAUCGCCAACAGCCUUAAAACUUGCCACAGUUGCUGCCAGUAUGGACAGAGUGCCAAAGGUUACUCCCAGCAGUGCCAUCAGCAGCAUAGCAAGAGAGAACCACGAACCAGAAAGAUUGGGCUUAAAUGGAAUAGCAGAGACAACAGUAGCUAUGGAAGUGACAUAACCUAAAACACGUGGCUCUGACCUGUGCUGAUGGUGUGCAGUCAUUCAUAUUCCAGCUGAAUGCAAAAGGCAACACUCUGUGGAUCACAGAGUGUAACAAUGGACCUAAAUGGACUAUAGUAUAUUGGAUGUUAAAUCCAUAUAUGAUGUAUAUUUUGUAAAAUUGGGAAAAUCACUACCUUGUAAAAUAGUUUAUUUGUAUCAUCAAUAUUAUUUCUGUUACUUGAAUAGUAGAUAUUCAUCAUCAUGCUUUUGCACUUGAAUUUGCAACUGAAUGGAUUUUAAAAAAUAAUUCUUUAAUGGGAUCAUGAGCAUGAAAUGGGAUCCUGCAUCACUUGUUUUAACUAUUUAUUUUGCCAUGUUUACAUUUUGUAUCUUGUAAAAAUAAAUCCAACUUUGUGUCUAAAAAGUUAAAGAUUCAUAGCUAGGAAAUGAAAUUCUUGUAAUUUUUUUCUAAAGGAACUGUAAAGUUUUCACUUGGUUCAUUUUGUUUCACAAUUUGACUAGAUGGACUUUUUGGUAAAUACUUAGUGGCAUUUCACUGUCAAAUAUGAAGUUCAAGGCAAAAUAGUAUUUUCUAUUACUGUGCAGGGGAAAGGGAUGGAUCGAUACAUGCAAAUUUAAUGUAGUAACUCACUUUUCCAUAUAUUUUGAAUGUAUAUUUCUAUUUAUAAUACCAAUUUAUAAAAAAUAAUUACACAGAAAAAAUGGAAUAGGAAAAAUUAUGCAUCUAGCACAUUUAAACUGUGCAGAUAUGAAAAUUUCGAGGAUUACAUUUUAUCUGAAGGCUGCAUAUUUUAACUGGCUUUAAAACUGUAACACACCACAUAAAAGAUACUUUACCGGGUAUGUAUUGCAUUAUAUCAUUGCAAUAAUUAUUGGAAGUCUAGAUAUCGAGCCAUCCCAGGUGUUGGGAGGGGGGAAGGGUUGUGGCAAGAUUGUCUUUUCAAUUUUGGAGAGUUUUCCUGUGGCUACAAGGCAAGUAACGGGUUGGAAAAAGUCUGACUGUAAGCGUUGGACACCUUCAUAGUGUAGUGUUUUAGUGACUUUUUUUAUACGGUUCUUGUAAAUUAGAUACGUGUAGUGGUGUUUCAGAAUGUUUGUUUAUGCACUAGUUCAGACAACUUUCCCUGUUACUUGUUCUUGAUAAGUGAAAACUGCAGGGAAAUAAAAAAUACAUAUCAAAACAUGGACAUGCUGCAUAUGUGUUUAUUUCACAAUGUGCACACAGUAUAAGUGAAAAUUUAAGGGAGAUGAUAGCACUUAACAGCACUUUUCAUGUUCACAUGCUUUCCAAGCAUUAAUGAAAAGAACUAUAGGAAGCUCAUCUGUGGGCUCUAUUGGGUUUCAGAUAAUCCAAUAUAAACUACCUUUGAUAUGAAAGUUCGUAAGAUUUUUUACAGAAUGUAAGUAAUUUGCAGUAUCGGUCAUUGAAAUGUCAUAAGUGAGCCUCAUUUUAUAAAUAAAAGUUUAGAGUAGAAUUAUAUUGCAAGGGGGUUUUGUCAAGUAAGUACUGGGAAAUGUAAAUAUUUUUAAUGAAUACAAUUAAAACCAUUUCAAGCUUACAUAAUUUUAUACUUUACAUUUUUUAUAUCUGCAGUCCUGAAAGUUGUAAAUUGAUAUGUCAGUUGAAUUAAUGGGCCAAGAUUUCUGGUGAAAGUGGUUUUUAUUCAGGUCCUAAAUGUGUAAAGCAAUUUAUGGUCAAAACCAUAGAAAAAAUACUAAUUUUGUCUUGGUUGUGACCUGAUAGGAUCCAUGCUCGUUUCUGCCAUACUACCUCUGGAGUUACUCAUUGCUGAUUAUAUAAAGGAAAUAAUUUUGAUUUGA